AUGAUGAUCCGUUGUGACAAUGAGGCUAAAAGCCUAGGAGUCCAAAGAGUUCUAUACGUGCCUACAAGACCAAGGAGUGUACGUAAACGCAUGCAGGGGAAGCAACGUGGUCUAUUUAUAUCAAGUCUAAGGUUUAGCCCUGAAGAACUAGAGGAGAAGAUUGCAAAACUCAAGUACUCAAGGGACUACUCUUUACUUUUUGAAGACAUGGACGAUAAUACUCAGUUUUCACGUCGAUUAACAGCCGAUAACCUCGUUUCUUUGCACUCAAGAAGUUUUGACAUCAAAGGGUCGCCGGCCCCUAGCAUUAAAAAAAGAUGGCUUGCAUGA